AUGAUACACAAAACUGAAUUCUUUCGUGAACAACAUUUCACACCUUUUUAUGAAGUAUCAGAUUUAUUGGAGACAGUACAAGAUGCUACCCAAAAUGAAGCCCAUGUUGAUGCCAAUAUUGAACUAUUGCAUGAUAAUUAUGAUGAAGAUCCUACCGAAGAUAACCAUAACAAUCAUGAAAAUGAAAUUGAGAUUGAUAGAGAAGAUCGAAUUGGUGAAAAUACUAUGUAUUUUAUUGAUGAUAGUACUAUUCCAGUUUAUACAAAUUAUCGUAAACACAGUACAAAAUAUUUCAUACCUGGUGAAAUUGUUCAAGUCUGCUCUACGUGUUAUACAUCUUUGGGAAAAGAAAAAAUUCCUCUCAUGUCAACCUACAAUGGUUUUGCAUAUCCGAAAAUUCCAUCACAUUUACCAACGUUAAACCUUAUCGAGCAACGGUUGAUUUCCCCGAGAAUACCGUUCAUGCAGAUUCGUAGACUGAGACACGUUAAUGGUCAGUAUGGUAUUUAUGGCCAGAUAAUUAAUGUACCUGUUGAAGUUAAUACAAUGGUGAAACAAUUGCCAAGAAACAUUGAAGAUGACCAUUGCUUUUAUGUGCAUUUGAAAAAGAAGUUGAUUCACAAAACUAGUUAUGUCCACGGGCUUAUAAAUGUGUUACUUCUUACCGAAACUUGCAUGACGUAUGAUAAUCCGAUUGAAAUACCUAAUUUUAAUUGUAUUGUUCAGUUCAAACGAGGUGCUGUUGCAAAAGGUGGGGUAGCUAUUUACCAAAAUAAAAAUGAUAUUACUAAUAUCAUGACUCCGAAUAUUGAAAUAAAUAUUGCACACGUUAGCGAUGUUAAUGUUAGGCGCUCAGUUGUUUGA